GUAUGUGUGUGUGUGUGUGUGUGUGUCCGGUGUGGAAAUUAAUGCCAUGAUUAGCCCAUUAUGGGCCUUGAAAUACGGAAGUGGAAGGAGAGGGAUAGUGUCUGCUCUUUCUGGCAGAACACCUUGGUCCGUUCUGCUUCUCGCGUUGUAAUAUUUAUCUCUUUCGGCUGCCCUUUUGUCACUGGCCAUGAGGGAGCGGAAUCAAGAGAUGACAAGCGAACAUGAACGAUAUUUCGAGUAUGAAAGAAGAAGAAAAAAAAUCAGAUUUCAUACCAUUGAGCUCGGCGGUUUGACAAUUAUGUGACGCGUCAUGGUAAGGUCAACUGAGGUUCAAAUUAGGUUCGGAGGUUCGCGCGGGGGGAUGUAAAGUAAUUACCUUACGGGGCCGGUGGUCGAUUA